UGCUUCAAAGUCCAACGUCAAAGUUCAAUCAGCCUCAAAAAUAAUGUAGAGUCCAACAUUCCCAAGGGGCCAAUCCCCCUUAUAUAUAUGAGGUUGCUCUUUCCUUCUAUUAUAUGAUGUAAAGCUUAAAAGUAGUCUAACCCAGCCCAUCUUCGCUUUCCCACUUACACUUAUAAACUUUCCCAUGAAAAUGGAAGCUUUGGCUUGAUGGGCUGAGUUGUCGUUGCCCGAGGAUGCAAAGCGAGAUAACAUGGGGUAUAUCGGGUACUAUUAGUGUCUGUUUAGCCAGAAUGUGACUAUUCUCUUCAUCAACAAAUUCAAAGACUUCUUGGUUAGAUAUCUGUCCUUUCAUUGUCGAACCACCACGUCUACUUUUUGGGCGCGAUUUUUCGUCAAAAUGUCGUCGGACCCCGAGCUUACUACGGCUCAUGUUUCCACGUUGAAUUUCUGUAUUCUACUUAUACUUCUUCUUACCACAUUGCAAACUCGUCAUGAAGUUGGUCUAAGGGAUCCUCACCAGUGCCUAGCUCUCUUGCAAAAUGGGACAUGGUCGCCCGUAGCUCCAGACGGCUCUCAACGAUGGGAACCGAGGGGUUGCCGCAUGGUAGAGCAUACUACAGACUCUCUCUGCACGUGCCUCAAUGGCCGAAAAGUCGUCUUCGUCGGCGAUUCUACUAUUCGGCAGCUUUUCUGGAAUGCGGGCAAAAAAGUCACUCGCGGCCAUUCAGAAACUAGGAUGAAACGUAUACUUCAAUCAGACAAUAAACAUGCCGAUAUAUCGUUCCGAACUGAUUGUGCCCAACUAGAGUUCAUAUGGGAUCCAUGGCUAAACUCUACCGCAUUAUACGGUAUACUGAAGGCCUUCGACCCUCUGCCUCCAUCUCCCAGGGAAGGGACUAUCACGGAGAUGAAGGUGAAUGAAUUAUCCCCUGUACUUGUUGUCUUGGGUGCUCCUGGAUUCUGGGCUGCUCGGUACGGUGGAGAUGACUAUCUGAACCUAUUCAAGCGAGCGAUUAACGGCAUUGUACCAUACCUAUCGCCUGACUUGGACAGCAACAUAUCAUCGAUAAUGACAACUACACGGAAUUCCGGAGGCGUAACAAACAAGAUUUUCCUAACGCCGGUAGGAAUCCCCAACUAUGAAAGUUUAUCACUCAAUCGAUCCAAAAGCAUUACGCCCGGUCGGGUCGAAGCCAUGAAUAAUCAUCUCGCACAAGUCUUCCCAGGAAAUUCGACAUAUAUUCCUUGGGUUUUCAACAAAUUUCCCGUACGCCCCGGAAAGCACUUCGAUACAGAUGGCUUGCACGCGUCUGAAGACGUAGCAUCGCUCAGGCUCGAUAUUAUUUUCAACGCAUUUUGCAAUACGGCGGCAAGCGCCCGCUCACGCUCCUUCCGAGGCACAUGCUGCGUCGCCGCCCCCGAGAAUGACGUAUUUGUCGCGGCGUGCAUGUUGUUAGGCCUUGCGGCGGGAUUCACGUUCGGCGCGCGCCGUGCCUUGGAGGUCUCGGGUGAUGCAGCAGGUGUUAGGUUUGGCUUGGCCUUUGGUAACAUACUUAUCGCCCUCGUAUGGUGCUGGUACGCCGACGGGGCCUCGUUUCUAGGGAAAGCCGAACGCCAUUACCAGCAAAGCGCUUUCGCCAGGGCCUGCGUUAUCUGGCUGAUGGUUAGCGCGUUAUCGUCAGUACAGAAUACUCAGCAACCGGAUGGCUCUUCAUCGUCUAAACGUGUUCCUCCGGGCUACCGUGGUCCGGGAUACAUGUCGCGGAUCCAGUCCAACGAGAUGAAAGGCUUGAUGCAGGGAUUUAUCUUGCUGUAUCACUACCACUACGCGUCCCAGGCCCUUUGGGUAUACAAGAUCAUCCGGCUGUUUAUCGCUGGGUAUCUCUACAUAUCCGGCUACGCCCAUACGCAAUAUUUUCUCACGACGAACGACUUCUCUGUGCAGCGCCUCAUAGAGAUCUUGUUCCGUAUAAACCUUCUGAGUGUUUCCCUUUCGUACAUGAUGGGGACAACAUACACUUCGUAUUAUUUUGCUCCUGUUGCGACGUUCUGGUAUCUCGUCUCGUACAUGAUGCUUUUCAUCUUCAAAAGUCGCAACCGGGAUAUGCGUUGGUUACUUUUCAAGGUGCUCCUGACGACAAAGCUCACCGAAUGGUUUAUACUCACGCCUGGCGUCCUUGAAACCGCCAGUAAAAUCAUGUACGCACUUUUCUUCAUAUCCAUCGACCCGGAAGAAAUGCGUUUUAGGCUGGGCUUAGACCGCUACAUCCCCUUCGUCGGGAUAGUCGUGGCGGCUUUAGUCCAUCGCGCCUCUGUCCGCAGGGCACGAACGGUUCUUCAACUUGGCUGCGGUAAAACGACUCUAUCUUUAAGAUUCACCCGUUUGCUUACCGCGAUCUGUAUUGGGGGUGUUCUGACAUUCCUGUACGUCACGCAGACCUAUCUGCCAGACAAGAAAACAUACAACCAUAUGCACCCACUUAUAUCCUGGAUCCCCAUUCUAGGCUACGUGGUACUCAGAAACUCGACCAGAAGGCUUCGAGAUAGGUUCCUUUCCAUACCGCACUACCUAGGCAGCAUCUCGCUAGAAACGUACGUCCUACAAUACCACAUCUGGCUUUGCGGCGACGCCACGGCAAAACUUACGGUGGGAUACGCGGAAGGCCGCUAGGGGCGGUUGGCCGAGACGGCGAUGCUCACGGUCGUGUUUAUCGGCCUUUCGGCGUACGCAAACACACACACGAAGGAGCUGUCCCGUUGGAUGAACCCGGCGGUGGCUGUGGGACUGCUUUUGGCUCUAUGGUCCGCAAACAUUUUCAUCAGUGGAAUACUAACCUCGUCCGAAGAGAUACAAAGAUCUGUUAUAAGUAAGGUACCUAGUAUAAGAGGUGCGUGAUGUUAGGUAGGUCUAGGUACCCAGUACGUGGUGUUAAGUCUCGUGGGUACAUACAUGUAUGCAUAUGGAAGGACUUUGGUGAAGUGAAGUUCAUUAUUUUAGGAAAAGGGGGGAGUAAGAAGGUACCUAAAGUAUUGUUUGUAUAUUAAAAGGAGCUUAUUAACAUCGGUAUGUAACUUGUGUUGUUCGCCUACCAAAACCUCAUGUUAUACGGUUUAUUCACUGUUAAUGCAGGUAAUCAAUAAAGGGUUGGUUUGAAAAAAAAUCGUUUAGUUAUUCACAGCAGGUGUACCUGCACUUGUUUGAAAGGCUGGGGCUCUGCACCUUCCUCCCG